CCCGAUAAUUGUGCCAGUUAUUUUCGGGAUUUCGUUUCGUUCACACACACAGCACUGCAAUGGCCACCGAGGAGAACUAUGUGCCCAAUGCCUUCGAUGCGGAGUUUGAUAACUUCUGGGACAAGGUCAGCUGCUACGCGGCCAACUCGUUUCCCUUCGCGGAACGGUGUGCCUUUGUGGAGAAGGCCAAGGACUGCAAUAGGAGCACCAACGUGCUGCCCUACAUGAGGAUCAUGGCCUGCGAUCUGAACUGCGUUAACGAGUUCCAGCAGGUCAUCUUCCUGACAUUGUUCAUGGCUGUCUGCUAUGAGAUAUUUGUACUGCUGAUCCACGUGUGCCAUAAAUACUACAUUCCUGCUCUGAAGGCCGUGUCGCAGUUCCUCCGUAUGAACGAGCACGUGGCGGGCGUGACGCUGCUGGCCUUUGGGAACAGCUCCGCCGACCUAUUCUCCAAUUUGGCCAGUGUGAAAGCGAAUGUGCCCGUGUUUGCCAAUAGUUUGGCUGCCGCACUCUUUGUGUCCAUGGUUUCAGGAGGCCUGAUCUGCUACAUGAGUCCCUUCAAGAUGAAUGCCUACGAAAGUGUUCGGGACAUUUUGUUUCUUAUCUUCGGAUCGAUUCUUCUUCAGUACUUUCUGGCCUCCAGUGCACAUGUACCCGAAAGGUCCUUCAUAGUAAUGUUUCUUGUAUACAUUUUUUACAUAUUAGUGAAUGUCGCAGAUGUGUACCUCAUUCGGAGGGCAUUAAAGACAACGAAUGCACAAAUCGAUGCCCUUUUGGUAGGGGAUAUGACUCCGGAAAAGAGAAAACGGCUGAGUGAAUUGGAAAGGAACCAGGCGAUCUACUCCCGGGACAUGGAAGUGGAGAUUUUUGAAAGGACCAAUUCGGGUCCCAACAUCAACAAAAUGAGGUACACCACCUUGAAAAUGGGCCGCAGCAUUCGCAUAAGCAUCGAUAAAAAGGCCACCCGAAAUGUGUUGCACAACAGAGCUCUGGGAAGGAAUUGGGGACUCUUCAAGGACUUAUUAACAGCCCUGAAACCCAUCACCUGUGAACAGUGGCGGAGAGCCAACAUAAUCCAGCGGGCCUUUAUGUUGACCCAAAUUCCAGCUGUGGUCUUGUGCAGCAUCUAUAUACCUCUGGUGGACUACGAGCUGGACAAGCAUGGCUGGAACAAGCUACUGAAUUGCAUUCAAGUAAUGCUGAAUCCGGCAAUGUCCAUUAUGGCCAUUAAAGCUUUGUUAAGCUCUAGGGGCGAUUCGCUGUGGUACGUCGCCAUGACCGAGGAAUACAUUUAUGCGGUGUAUUCCCUGCCCAUAACCAUGCCCAUAGCGGUUUUUAUGUUUAUCCAAUCCCGAACCGAUGUGCCACCAUUUUACCAUUCGGUGUUUACAGUGAUAAAUCUGACUGGCUCCAUGUUUAUGAUCUUCAUUUGCGCCACGGAAAUAGACAAGGUCCUGGAAGUUAUUGGCCACAUCUUAAAGGUGGAGGAUGAUUUCAUGGGCGCAACGGUGAAGGCUUGCACAGGAAGUCUGGGCCCGCUAAUUGCCAACUUGGCGAUGGCCUUGCACGGAUAUCCCAGAAUGGCCUACGCCUCAGCCAUUGGAGGACCCUUCUUCACCAUUGUCAUGUCCGCCAGCACUGUGAUGCAUGUCAAAAAUCUAUUUGGGAUACCGGUCUCAGAAGCAAACCAAACCGGCAAUUACGGCUUAAAUGCGUUCAUUUUUCUAAUUCUCGGCCUGUUUUCCACACUCCUCUGGUCCACGACGCUGGGAUUUUUCGCCAGGCGCUCCGUGGGCAUAUUUUCUAUCGUGUUUUACUGCAUUUACUUGCUUUUUGCUAUUUUAAUUCAUAGGAAAAUCAUACAUUCGUUUUCUAUGGACUUGCCAAUCAAGGCAGCUUUUGGCGAUAUCUAGGGAAAACAGUUUUUUCUAUGGAAAUAUACAAAUUCUU